GAAUUGCAUGCAAUCACCUAUCCUGUAAACAGACUGCUGUAAAACUAGUUUAUUGAAGGUUUUGUGAAAACUCUUUCCCAAUUCUUGCAUAUGAGGAAGGAAGACUAUGUAGGACUAUGAAUGUAGCCAUUUAGACUUGCAUGUUGAAGAAGUGACUUUCAUUCCACACACUACUUAAUUAAGCAGAGAUGAAUGUCUUCAUGAUCCUGUUGUCUGCUUUCCCUCUGGCAAUUUCAUUGCAAAUCAACUUAAGCAAUGAACAAAAUUUCAAAAACUGGACAAACUUUGAAAAUGUGGAAAUACUUUCAAGAGAAACUGGACAAGACUUUUCUCCCACACUGUCCUGUGGAUCAACUUAUAGUGAAGUCACUUUCAAGAAAAUUGAUCUUAUAGCCUGGAAGGUGGUUAUCCCAAACAUACACCUAGAAAACAGUACGUGUGCCGAGCUUCUGAACAGCAGUGACGCAGUAAUAGUAAGAUGGCAGAAUGGAAUGGAAGAAUGUCGGAACAAAGUAACUAAAACUGAUGACAUGGUGACGUUUGGGAACACAAUUCACUUGUCACCUGAUGCAUCACAGGUUAUUUAUAAAGAAGAAAUUUAUGUGAAUGUUGAGUGCAAUUAUCCUCUGGAAAUGACUGCAUCUCUUGAAACCGUCUUGACGCCAGACCUAAGCGGAAUAAAUGUGGACAUUGAAGGCAAUGGAAAGAUUGCAGUGGGCAUGGCUUUGUACAAAGAUUCAGGAUACAGCACACCUUAUGAAGAAGCAGUAGUUAAGAUAUCAACAAAAUCCAGGCUGUACGUUGGAGUAUUUAUCAAAGAAAAUCAACCAUUGUUUCAUAUUGUAUUGAAAAAUUGCUUUGCCACUCCUACAAAUAAUAUGUAUCAUCCAACAAAGUAUUUCAUCAUUGAGAAUGGAUGUCCUAAUGCCAAUGAUGGCACCAUAAGUGUGGCUUCUAAUGGCAUCUCAAGCGAAGCACAGUUCUCUCUACAAAUGUUCAGAUUUAUGGGUGAAUUUACAACUGCCUUUCUGCACUGUGAGGUUUAUCUUUGUGAAAAGACUUUAUUGUGUUCACCGACAUGCCCCAGAAGUGGUUUGCGGAGUGAAACAGUUAAAGUCCCUGGCCUUUUACGUGUUGGGCCUAUAGUUCGUCAAGAAAAUAACAGUGGCGCAGGAACUUGCUUGGAUAAACUGACUUCUGCUGCAUUUCUACUGACGUUUUAUUUUUUUACAUAAAAAAUGCUGUCAGUCACCAUUCACCAGCUGGAGGAAUUUAGCAUUUUCUUCUGAUAAACAUGUGGUUUUUCAUUGAGUAUCUUGAGAUUUUUGCUUAAUAUUUAUAUUAUUGUAUAGCUUGUUUAUUUGAAUAUAUUCAAUUUCAUAUACAAUACAUACAUCACACUCUAUUUUGACACUUCUGACCUCAAUAAACCACAAA